AUGGCGCUCUCCGUCCUCCUUUUCUUGCUCCCUCUCUCUGCCAUGGCAGUCCCUUCUCCAUCACGGACCCUAAACAAAAGAUCUGUGACCUGUCUUGAUGUUGGCAAUCAGGCCACCGCGUCCUGGACCAAUGCUGCAGGGGAGAGUUGCACCUUUGUCGGAACCGUUGGGAGCAACUACGGGACCAAUAGUGAUGACGAGGGAGACUACUCAUGCAAUGGUCGCUGUGGGGAAGGAUGCACCGGAUUUUCAAUUGGCAACGUGUAUACACAAGAUUGCUUCUCCCACGACAUCUGCUCAUAUUUUAACGACGCGACUGGGGGAGCGAGUGAUCCAAACUGUGGUGCCGCAUACGUUGCUGCUGAAGAUGAUUUCUUGUUUGGAUACAUUGACGGAUGCUCGCAAACGAAUCCAACCGAAGCAGUGGUGAAGCCAACAACCACUCCAACAUGCACAUAG